AUGUCUGUCAUUUCCUUUUCUCCGACUUCCCUUGAAUUUACCUUCCUUGCGGUUAUCAUCUCCGGUUUCGUUUUCAUCCUCACUCGCUGGAAUUCGAAGACGAAGAAACGUUUGAACCUUCCUCCGGGCCCGCAGGGUUGGCCGGUGGUCGGAAACCUUUUUCAGUUCGCGCGCUCCGGGAAGCCAUUUUUCGAAUAUGCAGAGGAGCUCAAGAAAACGUACGGACCCAUUUUCACUCUGAGGAUGGGGACUCGGACAAUGAUCAUCCUCUCCGACGCGAGUCUAGUCCACGAAGCUUUGAUCCAGCGCGGAGCUCUGUUCGCCUCCCGACCCGCCGAGAACCCGACUCGAACCAUCUUCAGCUGCAACAAGUUCACCGUCAACGCCGCCAAGUACGGUCCCGUGUGGAGAUCUCUGAGGAGAAACAUGGUGCAGAACAUGCUUAGCUCCACCCGCCUCAAGGAAUUCGGGUCAGUGAGGCAAUCCGCCAUGGAUAAGCUCAUCCAGAGGAUCAAAUCGGAGGCCGAUGGCAACGACGGGCUAAUCUGGGUGCUGCGAAACGCAAGAUUGGCUGCGUUCUCGAUUCUGCUGGAAAUGUGUUUCGGAAUCCAGAUGGACGAAGAAUCGAUCGAGAAGAUGGAUGAGAUGAUGAAAACGGUGUUGAUGACAGUCGACCCACGAAUCGACGACUAUCUUCCGAUUCUCGCUCCCUUCUUCUCGAAAGAGAGGAAACGCGCUCUCGAAGUUCGCCGCGAACAGGUCGAUUUCGUCGUCGGAUUCAUCGAGAGACGACGGAGGGUGAUUCAGAAUCCAGGAUCCGAUAAAACGGCGUCGUCUUUCUCGUACCUCGACACACUCUUCAACUUAAAAGUGGAAAGCCGCGAAACGACGCCGUCUAACGAAGAACUCGUGACUCUCUGCUCCGAGUUUCUCAACGGCGGCACGGACACGACGGGGACGGCGAUCGAGUGGGGCAUCGCGCAGCUGAUUGCGAAUCCGGAGAUUCAAUCUCGACUGUACGAUGAGAUCAGAUCGACGGCUGGGGAUCGUUCUGUCGAGGAGAAAGACGUGGACAAAAUGGUCUUUUUGCAAGCAUUCGUUAAGGAGCUUCUCCGGAAACAUCCGCCGACUUAUUUUUCUCUGACGCACGCCGUCAUGGAGACGACGACGCUUGCCGGCUACGACAUUCCCGCCGGCGUCAACGUCGAGGUAUAUCUUCCUGGUAUAAGCGAGGAUCCCAGAAUCUGGUCUAAUCCGAAAAAGUUUGACCCGGACCGGUUUAUGUCGGGUAAGGAGGAUGCUGACAUAACCGGGAUUAGUGGCGUGAAGAUGAUUCCGUUCGGUGUCGGCCGUCGGAUCUGUCCAGGGCUUGGAAUGGCGACCGUACACGUGCACCUGAUGCUUGCGAGGAUGGUUCAGGAGUUUGAGUGGAGCGCUUAUCCGCCGGGAAGCGAGAUUGAUUUCGCCGGCAAAUUGGAGUUUACGGUGGUGAUGAAGAAUCCAUUAAGAGCUAUGGUCAGACCAAGGGUUUAG